AUGACGAAGAUUUAUUUACUUAUUUCUUUGGUCAUUCUACUGUUUGUGAAUGUGUGUUGGUGCCAGUGCCGUUGGGCAAACUGGCAGGGCUCGUUUGACAGAGCAGGAUGGUCCAAGUGUGGAUCAACUACUGAAUACCUGACAGGUUUUUAUCGAAACUCUAAGAGUGCAAGCGACCCUAUUCAUCUUCUGGAUAAGGGAAACUGUUGCAAUGCUCCUGCACCAAACCAGAAUCGGGCUUCAACGUGCCAAAACGCAAACUGGUGGAGACAGUUGGACAGGAAUAAUGAAUGGGCAUUUUGUCCGACAGGAUACUUCUUGCAGGGAUUAUACCGCACUAGUAACCACAACAUUCACAACAUUGAGGAAGGUCGUUGCUGUAAACCCAAUAACCUGCCAAACAGCUAUCUCCACUGUUACACUCACGACGUCAGCAAAUCAUUCGACAACAAAGGCUGGAGUAAAUGCGACAGCCAAUACUACUUGAGGGGCUUUUACAGGGGAGGUUGCGAUAAGUUGCACUGCAUAGACCAAUUCCAGUGUUGCAUGAUGUAUGAUGGCUGCAAAUUUGCGAAUUGGUGGAAAAGUUUUGAUAGAAAGGGCUGGGCCCAGUGCGACUCUAAGCAAUAUAUCACUGGACUUUGGAGAAAUGUUAACUUGGGCUCAAGAGAUGAAAUCUACUUAUUGGAGGAAGCUAAGUGUUGUUCAGCUCCUGCUCCAUUCCAGAACGUCCAAUCGACAUGUAGAGAAGCCAAUUGGUGGAGUGUUCUUGACAAAACAAAUACGUGGGCGGUCUGUCCACUUGGUUACUUCCUACGAGGCUUCUACCGAAAUGACGGUGCUUGGCUGCAUCACAUUGAGUUGGGUAAAUGCUGUAAGCCGAACACUUUCCCAGACAGGUAUGAAGACUGCUACACCGAGAAUGUCCGCAUUUCGUUUGACAAAAGAGGUCUCAGCCAAUGCAAAAGACAAGGAUACUAUUUAGCCGGAAUUUACAAAGGAGGAUGUGACAAACUGUUCUGUAUAGAGUCUUUCAAAUGCUGUAGGAUGAAUAUAGAUGAAUGCAGAAUUAAAAAUCCUUGUCUUAACGGUGCAGUGUGCUCCGACCAACCAGGAAGUUACAAGUGUACAUGUAAAUCAGGAUACCGAGGAAAAAAUUGCGAAAACGAUGUAAACGAGUGUGUGAAUAACCCAUGCAAGAACAGAGCUGCCUGUGUCAACCUUAAAGGAAGUUAUCGCUGCGAUUGUAAAUUUGGCUAUAUCGGAAAGAAUUGUCAAAUUGACAUAAACGAAUGUACGAACAAUCCAUGCAAGAACAGAGCAAACUGUGUCAAUCUCAAAGGAAAUUACCGCUGUGACUGUAAAGCUGGAUAUACCGGAAAGAACUGUGAAACAGAUAUAAACGAGUGCCAAAACAAACCGUGCAAAAAUAGAGCCGCCUGUGUCAACCUCCCUGGAACCUAUCGCUGUGAUUGUACACCUGGAUACACUGGAAAGAACUGCGAAACAGAUGUCGACGAAUGCGCUAAUACCCCAUGCAAGAACAGAGCUGCCUGUGUCAACCUCCCAGGAAGUUACCACUGUAAUUGUAAAUCUGGAUUUACGGGGAGUAACUGCGAAACAGAUAUAAACGAAUGUGCAAAUAAGCCAUGCAAAAAUGAAGCUGCCUGUAUCAACCUCUCGGGAACAUAUCGCUGUAAUUGUAAAUCUGGAUACAUUGGAAAGCACUGUGAAACAGAUAUAAACGAAUGCAAUAAUAAUCCAUGCAAGAAUGGAGCGACCUGCGUAAAUCUUCCAGGAAGUUAUCGCUGUUAUUGUACGCUAAAAUUCCGUGGUACUCGUUGCGACAUCUUGGCAGCACCCACCGAUCAAUGCGAGGACUAA